AUGGAGUUCGCCAGCGACAAAUAUAUGACGCAAAUAGUGGACGGUGAGAGAUACGGCAUGGAGCGCGAGCCACAGCUAAUCCAGGAAGUCUUGCGGUUCGAUCCAGGGACAGACGACGUGGUGCUGGUAACGUACCCCACAUCUGGAACUCACUGGAUGCAGCAGAUAAUGCAACUCAUUAUCUACCGAGGGUCGAGUGCUACGACACACGAUGAAUUUCGCAAACGGUCCCCAUUUCUCGAGGACUGCGGAAAGCGGAUCUCGGAAAUGACGACGAACUCGCACCCGAGAAUCCUGACUACCCACUUCAGACCCGGAUUACUUAAGAUCAACCAGUGCUCCAAGUACGUGUACGUCGCCAGAAACCCGUGGGACUUGUGCGCCUCGCUAUACGACCAAGCUCGACAGGCUCCGCUGUAUCCUGUACGGGCGACGUUCCAGGAAUUCGUGCCCAUGUUCCUCCAGGGAUACGUGCCAUACGGCAGCUACUUUCAGCACGUCAGCGCUGCUUAUAAACUGUGGAACGAGCCGAACGUCUUCUUCGUCACUUACGAAGACGUAGCAAGAAACACAGCAGGGGUUGUUGUACGCCUCGCCGAAUUUCUCGGAGUGAGCCACGGAAAGGCAGUUCGGGAAGAUCCUGCACUACUGAACGACAUCGUCAGAAAGUGCAGCACCAAUUUCAUGAAAGAGAUGAUGACGGUUCCCAUGAAGGAAAUGGCUAACGCGGUGGCGCGAGACUAG